AGCUUUGAAUGAGUAUUUUACAAACUGAAGAAGUGGCUGCUCUAGUUAGCGGCUGGGUUGGGAGGAGCCGGCAACCUCUCUUCCGUGCAGGGCUGGGGGAGUCGGCUCGUGGAUCGUGUGUUGGCGAGGGGAGGAGGGCACCCGAAGGACCGAAGAAGGCCGUGACUUCGGUCCUCUGCCCCACGAGAUGACGAGCAGCAGGAGCUUGAUGGACACCCCCCUGCAAACUAGCUUUUCCACCCCCAGCAGGAUUCCCGUGCUGGCCCGGAAAUGCCUGCUUCUCUCUGAUGGGAGGUCCCAAGCCUCGGACCAGGAGAACCGGGAUCCCAAGGAGAGGAUGCAGAAGAAGUUUGGUGCUCAGCUUCCCCAGAGAGACCUAAUCCGCCCUGGGCACAAGCUGAGACCGCAGACUCUGAGCCCGAAGGGAACCCCCCGACCCCGGGCCCCUCUGGAGGAAAUUAGCCCGUGCCUUGUGAGACAAAAUGGGGAGGUGGAUUCCCCACCGAGGCCAGGUACUGCUUUGAGGUCCGGAAAGAAACCGUUCUUAUCUGUGGACCACUGCUUAGACGGAAAAGAACCAGCCACAGCGAGAUCGACUGGGAGAAAGGCAAGACUGAUGGACCCUGGAGAUUUGGCUACCAUGCUGUCAAGUGUGGAGGUGACAAGCAGUGGUCAGGGCUGCCAGGCUGGCCUGGCGCAAAGAGUGCGGAUUCGGGAAAACAACCAAAAAGGUGCUUCUUAUGGGGCGCAGGUCCAGACCUUGGGAUGUGGUGCCAAAUCUUCAGUCUUCCGCCGUCAUCAAGAGUCAACAGAAAGCAAUGUCCUCAGCCAGACCCUGGUGAGCAGCGACUCAGGACGGCCCUGGGCAAGAGCGCAUCUACCAGCGCCCCAGCCCUCAGGAGAGUCGGCCGGCCCCACCAGCUGCUCCCAAAGCGGACCAGAAGCCCCCAGUCUGGCUCAGCAGGUGCCGCACAAAGGAGCGCCUGAAGCCCCUCUCCCUGCGGAUUGUCCUGGCUUCCCUCAGACCCAUUCUCCUCUCAUUCACGCCACCCCUGGCCACGGGGCCCGCGCCUCACCCUUCGGACUGGCUAGCCGUGUCCCCGUCGCCCAUCCUCCGGCCAGGGCCUCCUACUCUGUGCUGCGACACUUGGCGGUCUUCUCCAGGACCCCUCAGGCCGCCCCUGCUCCGACCCCCGGAGCUCGGCAGGAGCAGAGUGUUGUCAAACGAUUAUAUGAAGAGAGCUGGGAAAGUGUGGAGAGGGAGCCUGAGAAACCCUCCCCCAUAGCUUCUCUCAACAGCAUGGCCUUGGAGCAGAGCAGACCCAAGGAGGGGUCUGGGGAUGUAGAGGGAGUGACCGUAUCCAGCUCAGUGUCUCCGGAACUGAGCCCCACGGAUGUCGGGGUAGCCGUUCCAUCCAAAAAGAUGUCCCUGGAUCGGAUGGGACCCAAAGAAGGCCUCAGAGAUGUUGGGGUAGCCAUCGCAUCCAACAGGAUGUCCCUGGAGCUGAGCAAACACGAGCGUAUCAGUAUCUUGAAGCAGCUGCUGCAACAGGAGGUAGAAGGGCUGGCUACCCUAGAGGAGAGCCACCAGAGUGGCACGUCUCCCCUUAAAAUGAUGGAGCCCAAACUGGCGAUGAUUCCAGGCACCAUGGAACCCUCAGACCAUGGUUCUGAGCUUCCCAACCUCCAGGGACCUAAGCAGCACCCUGAUGUUGGGGAACCCAUCUCCCCUGGAGGCCCAGGCAUUGGAGAACCCAUACAGCAACCUAACCACAGUGUGUGCGCCCCAGCUUCCACCACCUUUUCUCAGUGCCCACUCUGUGGCAGUAUUCCCCUCCAAUCCCUUGGUUCCCUGAGGAGUCCCAUGGGCACGAUAGGUCCUGCUGUCUUAGCCCUAUGCCAGCAAUUAAACGCAUGGCUGGAAGCCAUCAGACUCCUCUACGAAGGCUGCCUGGAUGAUGAGUGUGCCUUCUAUACAGGUCGAGGCAUUCCAGGCCCCCAGAGGAUCUGUAAGGAUCCUGUGGCCACGUGGCUCGAGAGGCAGGAAGCCAUGGAUUUUGUUCCAAUCUCUGCUCCAGCUCCCUAGGACCAUGCCAAACCUCCCCACGCUUCAUUUUUAUUUAUUACACACACACCCCCACUAUUUUUUAUCUUUCAAUAAAAUUUCAUGCUCAGA